UUUCAGUUGGCGCUUUCGAGGGCUGUUGGUGUCGAAACCGGUUUUAAAUGUAGCGGUUACACUGUGGAGCACGAACUCAAUUACGAAAUAUGCGAUCUUAAUUCGCAGACACUAGUGACCUCCGACCCGGAAGUGCUUUUUGUCCUCAGUUGCUGCCCAUUCUGCGGUCCAGAAUCAAGCUGAUCCAAGUGCGGCAGGACGGAUGGACCAGAACCAGAAUCAUGCCUCGUCGAACCAGGUCUGGAUCAAACCAGAACCUGAAGAAGACCAAGGCAGCCAGAUGUUCCCCCUCCUGAAGAAGCUGUCAAUAAAACUGACAGACUGCAGGGACUUGCUGGAGGGGCGGGACUUCCUGUUAGUGGGGUGCCAACUGACGCAGUCACCACCCGCGGCCACCAUCCGGAAGAUGGUCUUCUGUCUUCAGUGCCAGAAAGGGUUCUACAACCCCUUACACCUUGAGGCCCAUCACAGGUCUCACCAUGAGUUGAGCCAGGACCAGAACCAGUGUUGGCAGUGUGGCAAGACGUACCCCACCCUCCUGAGCCUGGUGCUGCACCAGCAGAUCCACGACCGCUCCUCCGUCUACCGCUGCUCCCACUGUGACAAGAGCUUCGCCCUCCGCAGAGACUGGAAGACCCAUCACCGGACUCACUCGGGCACCAAGCCUUACGAGUGCUGGUGCUGCGGGGAUGGCUUCAGUAACCACGGCGACCUGACGGAGCACCUGGGCACUCACAAGGGUGAGCGUGGCUUCCGGUGCGAGAUCUGCGACAAGAUGUUUACGUCCUCACAGGGCUUCAAGUCUCACUACCAGUCCCACUGCAAGCAGAACCUGCUGCCCUGUGCCACGUGCCACAAAACCUUCAGCACUGCACAGAGCCUCAAAGUCCACCAAGCCACCCACUCAGACAGCAGGCCGCACCAGUGCCUCACCUGCGGCAAAGCCUUCAAGCUCCUGAGCGCGCUGCGCUUCCACCAGCGGACUCACCGCGAGCUGCGCGACUACCACUGCUCCAAGUGUGACAAGUGCUUCUCCAGCCUGCAGGGCCUGAAGCUCCACGACCGCACGCACACUGGACUCAAGCCCUACAAGUGCUCCGAGUGUGGGAAGAGCUUCACGCAGUCGCCGCACCUGAAGGCGCACAUGGUGACGCACACUGGCGAGCGUCCGUUUCUGUGCACCACCUGCGGCAAGAGAUUCACUCAGUCUUCUCACCUGCGUUCCCACAUCACCUUGUUCCACGUGGGGCAGAAGCCCUUCAGCUGCUCUGACUGUGGGAAGAGCUUCACCAUCGCUCAUUACCUGAAGGUCCACCGUCUCAGCCACACCAAAGAGAAACACUACAAGUGCUCCUACUGCGACAAGACAUUCUCUUACCACAACUCCUGGAAGGCCCACGAGCGAAUCCACACAGGGGAGCGGCCCUUCACCUGCCGGGACUGCGGGCGGGCCUUCAUCACCUCUGGAUCGCUGCUGAGCCACCAGAGGACCCGACACACCGGCGAGAAGAGCCACUACUGCAUCACCUGCGGAGAGUUCUUCUUCACCAGCACGAUGCUGCGUACGCAUCAGCUGGAUCACACCGGAGAGCGCCCCCAUGCCUGCAGCUGCGGGAAGACCUUUAAGACUCGUGGAGUCCUGCGGUGUCAUCUGAAGAGCUUUCCAGAGCAUCAGCCAGCGACCAGAAGCACGGACUGAUCCGUCAUGUUCCUCAACUGUGUGUUAUAAAUGUGUCGUCAUUGAUGAAAGACUGACCAGCUGUCGACUGGUCAAAGGUCACUCACUAGUCCAGUCACUGACUUCAUUAAAGGUGUGUCUUCAUUCACGUGAAUUGCACAAGGCUCCAUCCGCUUGAACGUCCGACUGUUCUCCUGAAUAGGCAAGAAUGGGUACGAGGUUCUGGUCCAUAUGUGGUUUUUAAAGUUAGUGCUGCACUCAAGGUCACGCAACCAUCAGGCCUGUGGCCUGGCUCUGAAUCUCUCCACGUUUUCUUCAGUGAGGUUGUUGGAAGAUCUCUGUCUGGAUUGAAGUUGGGAUCAAAUCUGAGACAAAAAGAUAAGUAGAAGGACAUGGAAUACCUAUUAACUUUGUUUCAUGAUAAUUUAAUUCUUCGAAGAGAUGACCAUGAAGAGAAGAAGAAUAUUCUGCACAUGGUACAGAUGUUAUCUAUCCGAUCUAAUCCAUUCAGUAACAUCUGCAUAUGUCGUGACGAAAGAAAUGAAUAACAGUAAAAAAAGCAAGAAACAACCAGAAAGAGUUGACUAAACGAAUUCAGACGUGAUAACACACACAUACACACAUAUAUAUAUAGUUAGUGUUGCCCAGUAUUUUCU